AAUGAAGCAACAUUCUGUAUAAAAGGUUGGUCUUUGCAGCCCCAAGAGGGCCAGUCAGUUGAUUUAUUGCUAUCAUGCAUGCUCUGUACAAACUUCUGCUCCUUCGUGUUCUGGCAUAUCUCGGAGGGAAUGCACUUGGAGCUAAAAUCAUAAAUGGGGUAAAAGUCCAGGAGGACUCGAUGCGGUUUAUGGCCUCAUUGCAGACCACCGACGGACACUGGUGUGGAGGGUCCCUCAUCAGAGACAACUUUGUCCUCACUGCUGCGCACUGUGAUAAUGAUGGACUGGCGAAGGUUGUUUUUGGCACCCACGAUCUCAAAAACACUGGGACAGUGAGACACAUUGUGCAGAAAUGCAAACACCCUGAUUAUCAUAAUGACACAGCAGAAAAUGACAUCAUGCUCCUCAAACUGUCUCAGAGUGUUCCAGUGGGUGAAACAAUACAACGCAUUCAGGUUCCCCCUCCUAACAUGAACCUACAGCCAAACCAAAUGUGCCAUGUAGCAGGAUGGGGAGAGACCGAAGCUGGUAGAGGUGUUGAUGAACUGAGAGUGGUGGGUGUGUCUGUCGUUGACCAGAACGUCUGUAGAAAGCAAUGGUCUAACUCUAAAUGGAUUCCCCAUCUUCCGGCCAAUGUCAUCUGCGCAGGUGGAUAUCGAACACUCAAAGGAGCCUGCUACGGUGAUUCUGGUGGUCCUCUGGUGUGCAAUGGGAUGGCUGCUGGCGUCGUGUCUUUUGGACAUGAAGACUGUAGUGACCCCCACUUUCCCAAUGUCUACACAGACGUGUCGAAGUUCCAUGCCUGGAUCGACCAGAUUCUCAAGGAAAAAGGAUGUUAAUGCAACAACCUUACACAAAGCUUUGCUUCAGCAUAGCUUCAUUGUAUUUAGGAGGUGUAGUUAUGUCUAAGUUGCUCCUUGACGCAAAGCAAAAUAAAAAAAUGU